CGCGAGCGUGCGAAGGCGGAAGGCGGAAGACGGGGCGGGAGGGGGCGCUCUGCCGCGUGGGCGCGCGCGCAGGCGCCUUUCUGGGACCCGCUGCCGGCGCGAAUCUUAAUGUGCUGCAGGCCGCGGGGCCACUUCUUCAUAGACCUAAAAAUCAGUAUUUAACUGCUUGGAAACGAAGCAUCACUUAAAAUCCUCUCAAACUCCUAAUUCCAAAGAAUCGAUAACAUUCUCUGAUCAAGAAAAGAAGUGACUGGGUGUUAAAAGUAUUCCGGCACUGGUCCUGUUUUUUCCCCUCCCUAAACUUGAAGAAGAAACAUGGAGAAGUGGUACUUGAUGACAACUGUGGUCUUAAUAGGACUAACAGUACGGUGGACAGUUUCUCUUAACUCUUAUUCAGGUGCUGGGAAACCCCCUAUGUUUGGUGAUUAUGAAGCUCAGAGACACUGGCAAGAAAUUACUUUUAAUUUACCAAUCAAACAAUGGUAUUUUAACAGCAGUGAUAAUGAUUUACUGUAUUGGGGACUGGAUUAUCCACCUCUUACAGCUUAUCAUAGUCUUUUAUGUGCAUAUGUGGCAAAGUUUAUAAAUCCAGACUGGAUUGCUCUCCAUACCUCACGUGGAUACGAGAGUCAGGCACAUAAGCUCUUUAUGCGUACAACAGUGUUAAUUGCUGAUUUGCUGGUUUACAUACCUGCAGUGGUUUUGUACUGCUGUUGUUUAAAAGAAAUGUCAACUAAGAAAAAGAUAGCUAAUGCAUUAUGCAUAUUGCUGUAUCCAGGCCUUAUUCUUAUCGACUAUGGACAUUUCCAAUAUAAUUCUGUGAGUCUUGGCUUUGCUUUGUGGGGUGUUCUUGGAGUAUCUUAUGACUGGGACCUGCUAGGGUCACUGGCGUUUUGCUUAGCUAUAAAUUAUAAACAGAUGGAACUUUACCACUCCUUGCCUUUUUUUUGCUUUUUACUUGGCAAGUGUUUUAAAAAAGGCCUCAAAGGAAAGGGGUUUGUACUGUUAAUCAAGCUGGCUUGUACUGUGGUGGCUUCCUUCAUUCUCUGCUGGCUGCCAUUCUUUACAGAAAGGGAACAAACCCUGCAAGUUCUAAGAAGACUCUUCCCAGUCGAUCGUGGAUUAUUUGAGGAUAAAGUCGCCAAUGUUUGGUGCAGCUUCAGUGUCUUUCUGAAAAUCAAGGAUAUUUUGCCACAUCACAUGCAGAUAAUGAUCAGCUUUUGUUUUACAUUUUUGAGCCUGCUUCCUGCAUGUAUAAAAUUAAUACUUCAGCCCUCUCCCAAAGCAUUCAAAUUUACUCUGGUUACCUGUGCACUAUCAUUCUUUUUAUUUUCUUUCCAAGUACAUGAAAAGUCCAUUCUCUUGGUAUCAUUACCUGUCUGCUUAGUUUUAAGUGAAAUUCCUUUUAUGUCAACUUGGUUUUUACUUGUAUCAACAUUUAGUAUGCUGCCUCUUCUAUUGAAGGAUGAACUCCUAAUGCCCUCAGUUGUGACAAUGGUGGCAUUUUUUAUAGCCUGUGCAACUUCCUUUUCAAUAUUUGAAAAGACUUCGGAAGAAGAACUGCAGUUGAAAUCCUUUUCCAUUUCUGUUAGGAAAUAUCUUCCAUAUUUUACAUUUCUUCCCAGGAUUAUACAACAUUUGUUUCUUAUCUCAAUAAUUAUGAUGGUCCUUCUGACACUGAUGACUGUCACACUGGAUCCUCCUCAGAAAUUACCAGACUUAUUUUCUGUAUUGGUGUGUUUUGUAUCCUGCUUGAACUUCUUGUUCUUCUUGGUUUACUUUAACAUUAUAAUCAUGUGGGAUUCCAAAAGAAGAAGAAGUCAGAAGAAAAUCAGCUAGCUAUAUCCCCAAAUGUGAAAAUGUUAACAGUGCUGAAAGAUUUUGUGAAUUUUUUGCUAUGUAUAAAUAAAAUUAUCAUUUUGAGAAUUAUGGAAUUACAGGAAAGGAAAUGUGAAGUCAUUGUUCUCUACACAAAUGAAUGUCUAUGGGGACCAAAGGCUUUUAUGUUCUAACUAUUGAGUGGCCAAGACUUAUUGUAGUUUUAUUAAUAUUCAGUUAUUCAAGCAGGAAAAUAAGAAAAUUGUCCUUAAUCCCAGUGUUUACUUAGGAAAUCUAUAAUUUGUUGUCUUGAAAACAAUCUGCAAAUACAGUGAGCUCAAUGGGAGAAUUUAUCCCCUUCCUUUUAAAAGAAAUUACUAAUUUUGGUAUUUAAAUAUAGAGUUCCUAACAUUUUAGAAUGCAGUAAUAUGUAUUUCAUUCUUUAGAAAUUAUAUCUCAGGGAUUAAAUUUGUGAUAAUCUUUUAAAUUACUACGAGAAGGCAAUUUAAACUGCUUGAAGUUUGAACAUGCCUUAUUACAUGUACAAACUUGAAAUUUUUUUUUAACAGGGCAUAGAGAUUAAACCGUGUUCUUAUUUAUUUCCAAGAAUGCUGAUUUACUUGAAUGUAAUUAAACAAUGAUUUUUUUCUGAAUUUAAAUCUAAGUGGUUUGAGUGAAGUCUUUUUAUUACUCAUGAUCACUAGGUUGUAAAUUUCCAGGAUCAUUUUGUUUAAGUCAACUGGCUUAAUGAAGGAUUUCUUCCUUCUGUUCUUUUCUGUGAGGACAUGGUUCAAGGUAAGCACUGCCCUAAAGCAUUGACUCCUAUCAUGCUUCAUGUUAACUCGGCCCUGUUAAUACUGUAUCACUAUAUUAGCAGAAGCCCAUCUUUACUAUAGUAUGCAAUUGGUAAAAAGAAUGUAUUAUAUCCAAGUUGCAGUUUCUCAUGUAAAGAUGUAUUCUCUUUAGUUUCUGUGAUAAACAUAAAACCAUUCUUGUCCCAUCAACCUAUUAUUUUUCAUGCACAUAUUUCGUAAGACAACUAUUAAAGCAUACUAAGUGGCGGUAUAUUUUAAAACAAUGCAAGCCAAACACAUAUACAAAGAAAAUCUUGUUCUAGACAUGGACAACCACAGGCUGAUGCAAGACGUUAUGUAUUUCUCAGUCUGAUAAAGAAAGUGGGUUUGGACAAAGCGAAAAUCAAGAAGUAUUUCUUUCUCACAGUAAAUGUGCAUAAAGACUCAAAGGGCAGGGCAGCAGAGAAAAGCAGCCUUGAAUCACUGCCGAAUCAGCAGGAACAUUGCUGUCCACGGCCACCAUCUGUAAUCAGCGCACCCACAUGUCAGCAUCUUGGCUGGCGAGUGGAGCCUUAUUUUUUGUAAUAGCAUACUUGUGUUUAACACAGGGUGUUGAUUUAAAUCAAUGAUGAGGAAAUUCUAACUCCUGAACAAUUGGAAUGGACAAAUGUUAUUACUUGAAAAGUAUUAUAUAAACAUCAGUAAAAUAGAAUGCACCCAUAUUCAAGGUAGCUUAUAGGUAAGUUCCAUAAAUACAUUAUUUUCUAGAUGAUUUAAUCUAAUCUUCCUGAGUUAUAGUGUAGUUUUUAUGGAGUCUUGUUGCAAUUAUAAGUCAAGUAUCUCAUAUCUAUUAUAGAAACCAGUUUAAGAAGAGUCCACUUUGAACUUUGUGGGAUUAAGUGCCAAAAUACCAAAAAUGCCCAGUGAUGAAUUAAGAUCACAGAAAUAGGCAAUUCUAAAGCUCUUCUCUCAGCUAUACCCAGGAUUAUAGGGGAUGUUUUAAUAUAAAGAUAUUAGGUUAUGCAAAAAUAUUUUCUUACUUUCUUUACUAAUAUACGUGUCAAAAACGACCCUUCUGGGGCGGCCGGAUGGCUCAGUUGGUUAGAGCGUAAGCUCUUAACAACAAGGUUGCUGGUUCAAUUCCCACAUCGGCCAGUGAGCUGCGC